UACACUUAGGGAGGCAUUUAUUGCCCUGAGCCCCUCUCAAAUCCACUGCUCCUUGUUGUAACCUCUGAGUUGGAUGGGCAGGGUGAGAGUAACCCAGCCUGCUCUUCUGUGAUCGAAUGAGUUUCACCAGCCCUUUGAAGCCUUUUCUUUUUCAGAUCUCCAGGUUGCCAUGGCUUCCCCCUCCCCCUCCCCCUUUGUAAACACUUGCAGGGGGGUUCUAUCUGAUUGGCUUCUGUUGAGAAUGGCUGCCUGGCAACAGGCACAAAGCGUGCUUAGCAACCAGGCUGAUAACAUAGAAGAGCAGUUGUAGGAAGCGGAGGCCGAAAGGAGGACUGCCUGCCUGGAGAAGAGGAGUGGUGAGUUGAUGAUGGAAGGGUCGAGACAGUUGUUGUUGGGGAUCUCUCUCUCUCUCUCUUUCUAUGCAAGUCAAAAUUGUGUUCUGCAUCCAUUUUGUCAACCUCCCACUUCUGUCUUAAGUAAUUUCGUUCAAAAUCUUUCCACAGCUUUUCCUACUGAACCUGCAGCUUUUCCUACUGGGCAGAGUACCCUCCUUUUCUCCUACCAGUAACAACAUUUCAUUAGGCUAGUCUGAUAAAUUUUGGCAAAACCAAAUGCCGCUACCACCUCCUCCUCCUCCUCCCUCACAGGCCCUACCAAAACAUCUACAUGUUUUAAUUUUAAAUUAACUUUAUUUUUGCAAAUAGAACAGGGUGGGAGAAGAAACCUCAUCAGCUGCCAUUAACAUUAACAGGGAGGGAUAAGCAGGCUGCUAGCAAGCUGUUGCAGAAUACACACCAAUUUCAGGCAGGAGGAGCAGAAAGCAUAGUUCUUCAGAGCAGAUAAAGUUUGGAGAGGUUUUACUUUUUCUUCAUUCUCCCUGGAUUUUAAUACCCUGGCCCACCUCACCUGAAGCAGCCUAUCAACUGUCUUCUGUGACCUGCCCACAGUGGGAUAGACCAGAACAAAGCUUUGCAGGUGGGUGGGGCCAGCCACCUGUCAGUCACCUGACAUCAUAAUGACACCAGGUAUUUGACACCUGUGAAAGUUACAGCAACCUUCUCUGAAUAUAUGCUAUCAGCAGCUAUCAGCUAGAGUUACAGGGAACCCCUUUGAAAUCUCUGUGGAGGUGAAAAUGUUCCCCUCUGCAGAAGAAGCAGUUUGGACAUAAUUUUUGCUGUCCACAAUUCGUUCAGAUUAGUGUAGAGGUUUUAUUGGACGAGGACUGGGGAACUAUGGGUUCCAAUCCAUACUCGGCUCUGGAUUGUCAUAGGGUAAACGUGGGCUUGGUUUUCUUGCUGUCUUGCUCCAAUCUACCUCACAGGGCUGUUGUUAGGAUAAAAGGGAUUGGAUAACAGAAUGUAUGCCAUCAUGAGCAGCAUUGAGGAACGGGCAGGAAUAGAAAUAGAGCAUGCGCUAGGCAGCAAAACAAGGAGGGUUGUUGACUCAGUGGGUCACAAAUUUUACAGCAAGGGUAGAGAGCAUGUGGCUCUCCAGAUGUUUUACUUCAAUUCCUAUAAAACACAACCAGAUGGCCAAGGUCAGGGAUGAUGGAAGAUGUAGUCCAACAAUGUCUGAAGGACAAUAGACUUCCCAACCCUCUUUGUACAGGUUUAUUCAAUGUACAUAAUAAUGUCAACUGAAAAGAGGUAGAUGAAAGGCGGUCAGCCAAUAUGGCAGGGGAGUAUACAGUAGUUUCAGCCUCUGCAACAUUUUAAAGUUUGAAAGCAAGGAUGUGUGUUUUCCAGGAAAUUUUGCAUCAGCUGCACUGCCCUAAUAGAGAACUGAUUUUGCUCUUUUGAAUUUUGUUUGACCUAUGUUUAGUAAAUAAAAAUAAACAGAUGAGAAGUGUCCCCAACCCCUGUACUCCACCCCCAAUAACCAAAGGUAUGUCAAUGGAGACAUUGGAGACCAGUUUGCUGCUUUUUCCUCUAGCUCACAUCACUACUAAAACUCAACUUUCACCUCUGGCUUUUCCCUUCUAACUCCCAUGCGGGUUGAGGGAGGUGAUUCUAUCCACCCAUUUGCCAUCUCCCACAGAGCCCCUUCCUUUGCUCUCCUUAAUGGCCCAUCACCAAGGCUAUCACCUCACCAGGAGGCUAGCCUGACUAUUCCAAGAGUUAGAAGGCUUGAUUAUUUUUUUCUAGUAUUUUCUAUUAUUUUAAGCAACUUAGAUUUUGUUUAUUAAGCAGUCUGUAAAUUUUGUUAAGUAAAAUAAAAGUCACCGUCACCCCGCCCCCAAAAAAACAUUUGCUUGUAAUUCAGAAAAACAAAGUGUAAUGCAUAGCAGACUGCUAUGUGUUGAGCAAGUAUGUUGGCCCCUGAGUCCAGUAUCUCUGAAUGUGUCACCUUCAUUUUUGUCUUUCCUAGAAUGUUGCUGCCAUGGCUACUCUGAGUGUGAAGCCCGGCCAGAGGUACACACUUCCAGACUGGCGCACCCACUUUGACCUCAUUGCAACCAAUGCUGAGCGACAGCGCUUGGCAUCCCACCAGAUCAGGCAGGAGGGCCGGGUCCUUCGCAAUGAAACAAAUAACCAGGUGGGCAAGUAUUUGAACUUCUUUUCUGUGUUUCUAAACAAAAGCAAACAAACUAAAAUGAUAAUGUGGGAUCUGAAAUCUGGAGGUGGUGGUGGGAUGGGGCGAGGAGGGCAUGGGAUCAUUGCUGAAUAGGCAGAACAGAAAUACAAAUUGAGAAAUUAUGAGGAACCAAAAUUGGCAGAUUGGUUCAUCCUGAAUUGUAGCUGAAAUUUAAUCAUUUGAGGGUUUUUAUUGUGUGUGUUUGUUUGUGUGUGUGUGUGUGUUGUUGUUGUUGUUUUGAGAAGGUAGAGUGAAGGAAGCUUCAGCCUUUCCUCACAAAACCAAGGAAAGGUUGUUCACAAAUAAUUCACACUACCAUGUCUGUGUGAAAUGUACAUGUCUAAAGAAUGGGCCAGGAACUUGUCAAGAUAAGGAAGGGCAAUCUUGAACUUAGCCUUCCUUGUUCCUGUAAGAACCAUGCUGCUGAUGCCUUCUCUGAAAGGGGGCUUUGAAACCAUUGCCUCUCUCCUCUCCAGACAAAAUGGGAUGAAUAUGACAACCGCACACGCCUUCUUGAGCGGAUCGAAGUCGUCAAUCGAGCGAAGGAAACUCUGGACAAAUGCCUCACAGACAUCGACACGGAAAUCUAUGCCUUGACUCAAGUAUGUAGUGCAGACUUACUCAUUUAUGGUGUUCCUAAACUGAAUUUCACCAGGAGAUUCCAGGAUAGCGUGCAGUAGUAUGAAAACAAUUCACACAAUGUAUUGUUAGGUGCACCCCAGUCUCUCGGGGUGGGAGGUCUCAGGGGGUCCCAGCACAUGCCUUGGAUCUGUCUUCCUUGGAAUGAAGGUCAUCGGAGGCCACUGGCAUUUCCGUGGCAUGUAAGGAUUAUUUAUGCAGUGGUACCCCGCAAGACGAACGCCUCGCAAGACGGAACCCCCGCUAGACGAACGGGUUUUCCGUUUUGGAGGCGCUUCGCAAAGCAAUUUCCCUAUGGGCUUGCUCGCAAGACGACAGCCCAUAGGGAAAUCUCAGGGACAGCGGGGAGCGCAGCGCGUCUUCCCACUGUCCUCGGACCUCCUCCGAAGCCUGGCGGCGGGGCGGGGACACCUCCUCCCGCCGCCGCCGGGCUUCGGAGGCUCCUCCGAGCCGGGCGGGGGAGGGAACACCUGCCGCCGCCGCCCGGCCCGGGACGGUGCUCCGAGCCGGGCGGGGAGGGAACACCUGCCGCCGCCGCCCGGCCGGACGGUGCUCCGAGCCGGGCGGGGGAGGGAACACCUCCCGCCGCCGCCCGGCUCGGGACGGUGCUCCGAGCCGGGCGGGGGAGGGAAGACCUUCUGAAGGCGGGCGGGGGCGAAGUCUUUGCUCCCCUGCCUGCCUGUCCCGGAGGGCUUUUGAAGGCGGGGAGCAAAGACUUUCGCCCCCGCCCGCCUUCAGAAGAGGUCCAGGACCUCUUCUGAAGGCUGGCGGGGGCAAAGUCUUUGUCCCCCUGCCUGCCUUCCCAGGGGCUUUAAAUUGCCCCGGACAGCGGAGAAGUCCUCUGCUGUCCCGGGGUGAUUUUAAAUGCCGCCCGCCAGCAUUUUAAGAUCGCCCGGACAGCGGAGAAGUCCUCCGCUGUCCCGGGGUUUUAAAAUGCUGGGGUGGGAAGAAAGCCCUUGCCCCCCAGCCUUCAGAAGAGGUCCGGGGACAGACUGUCCCCGGACCUGGUCUGAAGGCGGUUUCCUAGGAACGCAUUAAUUGAUUUUCAAUGCAUUCCUAUGGGAAACCGUGCAUCGCAAGACGAAAAACUCGCAAGACGAAGAGACUUGCGGAACGAAUUAAUUUCGUCUUGCGAGGCACCACUGUGCUUUUAUCCGGGCUGAGUGUGCGUGCAUGUGCACUUACAGAUUCACUGUUAAAAGUGUGUGCAUGGAAGACAAUCUUACUCUGCUACGAGUGAUCGCUGAAGAAGAAAGAAUUGUGCAAUGAAGGGCAAAGGUCAUGCAACUCAAUUUUGGUGUGCUGAGAAUGUGGUUUGGGUGGUUCUGUGCAGUAGAUGGCAUGUAACCAAUGGUUUCUGUGAUGCUAAAGAUGGAAUGUAAUUCAGUGACCUCUUUGAGAUGAAAGCUGAGCAACCCAGCUUUCAUCUCCAUGUGUCAGAACGUGCUUGGCCCACCUACAAAGCAUUCCCAUUGGAAACCUGAUUGGUUAGCAAACCUGUGUCACUUGACAAGAUGCCCACAGAGGGAGUUGGGAAGGUGAGGUCAACCCCUUAUCUUAUUUUUGCUUCUUCCCUUCAGAUGAAGGAGGAGGCAGAGCGUGCCCUGCAGGCUAAGAACUUGCAAUUGGAUGUGGCCAUUGAAAAUCUCACUCUGCGGGAAAGUCGCCGAGACAUCGAUGUGGUGAAGGAUCCUGUCGAGGAAGAGCUCCACAAAGAGGUGGAGGUGAUUGAUGCUACUACGAAAGAUCUUCAGCAGAAAGUGAGCGAGGCCUUUGAGCAGCUCUGGUGAGUCAAAAGGCUUGGUGGUCAAGUACAACAUAUUGGUAUUGUGUCUGAGGCAUCAAACUGAGUUCAGUGCAAUGUGGGAUGCCGGAGGAGGCGCAAAAAACUUGUCUUAAUGGUGCAGAAUGACACAUAGCCAGACUUCGGAAGGGAGGCGUGAGUGAGGGAAGGGCUUGUAGGGUGCACAUUGGGGUGGGGGUUGCAGGAGCGAGGGAGGCAGGUGUGGGGUGUGGUGGGAAGAGGCAGUGAGGGGCCAUUUCUGGCACCAUUUUUUCUAGAAAAAAAGCACUGCAUAACAAUACUUAGAUGUUUGUAACAACAGUGCAUUUCAAAUUUCCACCACAUUUGAGCAUCACAUACAUUCUUUCAGUAAUAAUUACACCAAACUUGUAAGGCAUGCUAUACUUCAUUUAUUUACUUACUUUGGCUGUAAUCCUAACUCCACUUAACUGAGAGUAAGCCCCAUUAAAUUCACUAAGAUUUACUUCUGAGUUGGCUUGGUUGGGAUUGUGCUGUCAGUUAAUAUCCUGCCUUUUGAAGGGUUAUAUAUUAUAAAAGCAAUACUAAAACAAUGUUGUUGUUGUUUAGUCGUUUAGUCGUGUCUGACUCUUCGUGACCCCAUGGACCAGAGCACGCCAGGUCCUAAAACAAUAGGGGGACACUUUUUAAGAAUCAAUGAAACAGUAUUAUCUCUAGUACCCAAAAUCAUAAAUUUACUGGCUGAUGUUAGAAUUUAGCUGGACAUUUGACAACUCAGGCUCCCACAUUGCAACAGAUUUUCAGUGUACCUUGUAGAACACCUUUUAUAUCUUUGCUACUAUUUGGUCAAUUAAAAAAAAAGCAAACUGAAACGCCAUCUAGUAUUACAUACCCAAGAGAAAGGCCAUUGCCUUGUUUAUAACUUAUUUUAUUUGGCAGAGAAAGAAAUGGGAUAAUCAAAGCCCCCCCCCAUUACUUGGGGGCUCAUUCCCCAUCAUAUUCAGCUCCCUUUUAGCAUCUGAUUAUCUUGUUUACACAAUCCUAGAUUUAAAGUGAUUUGGGGGGGUUGUAAUUGCUCUGCAACUAUAAAUUCCUCUGUUUUUCUUAAAAGAAGUUCUAGCAGUGAUACAAGGACUUUGUGUUGUAGGCAAAAUAUACAGCUACACUUGUAUAUGGUGUGUGCUGCGUUCAGUAUUAAUGGCACCAUCAUGUAAUAAUAUAUUCUGCUACAGAGGGGAGACUUUUUUGACUGCCAACAAUUUAUGGGAGUUUUAAUUGCUGAUUGCUAAACAAAAUGAAAGGGGAAUAAAUCUGGAGACUUCCACCUGAAUAUUCUCUUGCAUCCCUUCAUGUCUGCCCUUUGCCUCCCCCCCCCCCUUUUCAUUCAUAGCUUGUUGCAGGAAGCCCGCCAACAGCUGAACUUUGCCCAUCGAGGGAAAACAGAAGCCGUGGAGAUUGACCGGACCUGUGUUUCCCUCAAUAUCAACUCUCCAAAUAUCUCCUAUAAAGUCAAUCCUACCCGAGUGCCGAUUGGGUAAGAUUGUGUCUUGCGCAACAACCAUCAAAAGGUCUUGAACUCCACCUUCAUCUCAGGGCCAGCCCUCCUGUUAGACAGAAUGUGGCAACUGAGGUGCCCCUUCCCGAGUGCCCUGGCUGUACCUUUCUGUUGGAGGCCCAGAGCAGGGUGUGGCAUGACAACUGGAGGCCUAUGCUAAGCCCUCAUAAUGACUCUACAACUUCUUGAAAUUGUCCCUCUCUCACAAAAGAGGCUUUUGUUUUUCUGCCUUUUUCACAAGGUGCUUUAUAAUUUCCUCGCACUUUUGGUAGGUUUGGAAUUAGGUCUCAUCUUUGUGAGGUAACUGCGGGUUGUGGUGGGAUGUGUUUUUCUUCCCAUUAACAUCUCUCCUGCCCUCUGCAGCCUCCCUGAGCUGCUUGGGCCUUCUCCUAUGGGCAGAGUUAACAUCAUGUCUUCCCCUCGGCUUUGACUGAAGUGUAGGAAACUGGUGAAAGUAGUUACCAAGCACCUGCAAUCAAUGUGUUCACCGAUAUUGUUUAAAAAGUGCUUCCUUUUGUCUUCUUAAAAAGUACGUCAUUCUACCUUUAAUCUUUCUGUAAUGAUUUCCUUAAAAGUAAAGCCUCGUUUUUAAAAACAACAAGCAGCGCCCAGGAGGGGCAGCAGCACUACCUUCUGUUCUUAGAGGAAAGCCCAGCCAAAGACUUCAUGAGGCUUUCAGGAAGGACAGAUAUGCAGGUGUGUGUGUGUGUGCGGGGAGGUGGGGGGGUGCCGCAGAGUGCAAACUACUGGAGAGAAAAUUUGUAGAAUGAAGAGAAGGGCACUCAGUCACUCAAACAGCCACUUGCCCACCUCAGAAUUAAGGGAAGUACAUCAAAACCCCAUGUGUUUCACUGAAUUUUCUACCCCCUUUGGUAUUUUCCCCAAUGUUAUUUCUUUCCUCAUUAAUUGAUGGAGAAUGGUCAGAAAAAAAUGCAGAAGAAAUAUUUGGCACACUGCUAGCUUAGUGUGCUUUUAUUAAGCGCACUGCAUGGGUGGGUGAGUGAGUUAAACUUUAUUUAUACAGUAUGCUCUUUGGCCAUUGGCUUUCAAAGCUGCAGACAUACAGUUUAAAAACAUGCAAGGCAAUACAGGGAGAAAGUGUGUGUGAAAAACUGAUUCCAACAACCAGGCCAUCUUUUCCUUCUGUCUGUUGUAGAACUCUCACUCCAGAGGAAUGGGAUCAGAUCACUCAAUACAACAAGGAUCGAGCAGAGGCAGAAAUGAAAGCAGCCUCAGAUCUGCGAGAAGCCAUGGCCCUCACCAUUGCCCAGGUAAACCACACGGCUUCCUGUUGGCUCCUAGGAAGGCUCUUGAUGGAGAAGAUACAUUACUGUAUGUUAUAGAGCAGCCUUUGCCAAGCUGGUGCUUUGUAGGUAUUUUGGACUGCAACUCCCAUCGGUCUUAAGAAGUACCACACCUCCCACCUGAUGGGAGUUACAGUAUAGUCCAAAGCAUUUCAAAGGCUUCAGGCUGGCAAAGGCUGUGAGUAGAUCCAUAAUUAAGGUGACUUGUUUUCAAAGUAAUUUACUGAAUGUCUGAUCUGGAUCUACUGGAAGAUCUUUUAGUGGUUUGCAUUGACUGGCAAAGCUUUCUGGCGCCUAAUGAUUUAUCAGUGGCAGCAACUAGAUGGAUCCCUGCAGCCUAAAAUUAUACUGCUGAAAUGAAGGAACUUUUUUGCUCAGGAUCACAAACCUUUACUGGAUGCAGCAGAAGAAGGAGGAAAGAGGGAAAGGCUGUUUAAUUAAAGGCUGAUAAUUCCAACAGCCUUGUUAGCUCAAAGGCAAUCGCCUGUGCGAUGGAACAACCCCCUCCCUCUCCUCUCUCACUCAUCCCCUUCCCCAAAUCUGCUCCAGAGGGUUGGGGAAACCCUGGAACAGAUGUGGGGGGCUCAUGGGGGGCAGCAGGAGGGAAUGUUCCACUGUGCAAGUAGUAGUCCUUGUGCUAAUGGAACAACUUUGCUGGAUGCAACUUGGGAUUUUGUUUUUUGAGAAUUAAAAGUGGUUUGAAAGAGGAAUCGUUGUUUGUGGCAUAUACACUUGUUCAACUUUUUUUCCUUUCCAGAACCUGUUGUGCCCAUAUACAUUUCAAAAUCCUGUAAAAUCUGUUUGGCCAACUGCCAAGCUAGUAUACAUCAUUGCAAAGUGAUGGCUCUUUCAAUUUAUGUGCAAUUAUUAAACUAUGAUAUGAUAGUGGCCUAACUUUUUAUAUGUGUUUCCAUGGGCGUAGCCAGGAUUUUUGUUAGUAGGGGCCAGGCCUUUCGUUGGGAGGGGGGCAGAACCUCAAUUAGUUUUGUAUUUUUAUUGCCUUUUAUUGAUUUAGGGGGACAGCUGCCCCUCCCUGCCCCCCCCCCGGCUACACCCAUAUGUGUUUCCUAUUCUAGACUGAGAACGAACUAGAAGCUCAACGUGUGGCCACAGAAUUUGCCUUCCGGAAGAGGCUCCAUGAAGUGGAGCAAGCCCUUGAUGAGCUGAGGUGGCAAGAGAAGAAUGUAAGUCUUUGGCUGGCCCUGGAGACCUGCCCUGCACAUUAUUUUUUAAAAUGACACAUAUAGAAUGUCUGUUCUGAGUGCAGAGUCUCCCUCGGAUCUGAAGGGUUUAUGCUAAGGUUCUUCCACAAUUCAGAGUGUUAUCAUCUUGGAGGGGAUUUCUCUUUUUUCCCAGUGCCUGAAGGAGGGGUAGGGAGCCUUUUUUCAUGACCUACUUCAGACCCUUCAACAUUUCUCUGAUCAAAAUAGGGACAUCCUAUUUCAUCAUCAUCAUUUUAUUAUUUAUACCCUGCCCAUCUGACAGGGUUGCCCCAGCCACUCUGGGCAGCUUCCAACAUUCAUAAAAAUAUGUUAAAACAUUAAAAAAUUUCUUUAUACAGGGCUGUCUUCAGAUAAUAAUAAUAAUAUAAUAAUAAAUUUUAUUUAUAUCCCGCCCUCCCCAGCCAAAGCCAGGCUCAGGGCGGCUAACAACAAACAAAUAAUCAAACAAUCAAAUAAUCCAAUAUUCUAAAACAUUUCAUUAUAAAAAUUAAUUAAAAUCAAUUUAAUGGCAACCGUUAAGCAAAGUUCUGUGCAGGUUGCCAGAGGAGGGAGUCAGGCUGGGCCCUGAUCAAAGGCCUGGUGGAACAACUCUGUCUUGCAGGCCCUGCGGAAAGAUGUCAGGUCCCGCAGGGCCCUAGUCUCUUGUGACAGAGCGUUCCACCAGAUUGGAGCCGCAGCCGAGAAAGCCCUGGCUCUAGUUGAAGCCAGCCUAACCUCUCUGAGGCCUGGGACCUUCAGGAUAUUAGAUGGUUCUUUACUAGCUGCUUCUGUAAGUCCCUCACUGUGACACUUUGUUGCUAAAUGCUUUUUUUUUUUUAGGGCCCAAAACUCUCCCAAAUUUGUCUGUGACACAUUUUCUCUUAAAAAUAGUAUUCCAUUCCAUUCCAUCUCAACCCAUUUCGUUUAGUUUCUGACUGCUUCUGCAGGUCCCCUUUUGGAAGGCAGCCUUGAGAACCGCAAUUAUUGCCACACUCACAUUCAUACUUGGGUCACACCCACUUUGCCACGUGGCCGCCAGAGAGCUGGCUAUGUGUCAGUGUGGCCCUUUCCCCAAGAAAGAUGAGCUAUAGCUAAGUUGAGCAGGACAUCUUACUCUAUUGUAUUAACCCUUUCAUGCAUUAAUUAGACUUAAGUAUUUUGUUUGUUUGUUUGUUUGUUUGUUUGUUGAUUGAAUUAUUAUACCGCCCUAUACCUGGAGGUCUCAGGGCAGUUAUCCCACAACCUGGAGAUGCUGCUGGGGACUGAACCUGGGACUCUGCCAUUGCAUGUGCCCCUCUUGUGUGACCCACCUCACAGACAGAGGUGGCAACCAAUUCUAAGCUGCUCUCCCCAUGGUGUCUUUGCUUUUUUCAGACCCUAGAAGAAAUUGCUGAAAUGGAAGAGGACAUCAGGCGCCUGGAGGAUGACAUCCGGGCAAAGGUGGUGAAUCUGAAACUGGCUCAUACCCGUCUGGAGACCCGGACUUACCGCUCCAACACAGAGCUUUGCCGUGACCAGGUACAGCAAACCUCUAGCUCUGUAAGCUUAGAAUUGUGGGCAGACAGGAGUGACAGCUGGCCUUGUGCACCAGAGGCAAGGCAAGGCAAGGCAGAGAGAAGGCAUGAAGCACAUUUUAAAGGCUGCUUGCAGGAGGCUUUAACUGCUCCACCCCACUGCCCAUUCAUGUGGGGUGUGUGUUAUUCCUUUUGUUUGCUACUGUGUAAUGUAUUUUUGUGUUUUUGUAUUGUAAACUGCUUGUUAUCCUCAGCUGAAGGGUGGUAUAGAAAUACUACUACUACUACUACUACUACUACUACUACUACUAGUGGUAGCCUUGCAGCUUCCUGGGCUUCUUUGUAGAAGCCAGACCAUAACAGUAGUAUGGUAUGGGUAGUAGUAGUAUGGGGGAGCUGACAGUUUUACCCAGGAGUAAUCACCUUUUCUUGGCAAAGCUACCAUUUGCAACGUAUUGAAGCCUGACGUCCCUCUCUUGUCCUUGGCUUUCAGGCUCAGCAUGGAUUGACAGAUGAGGUGCAUCAGCUGGAAGGCACCAUUGCUUGUCUGAAUCAGAAGCUGGCACAGUUACAGUAUGUACCUCCCUAAAAACAAAAUCCAAUGGAAAAAUGGAAUAGGCUGUUUUUAAGUAAGCAUCAGUUGCAAGUUGUGGCCUUGGGUCAGCAUAUGCUGCCCAGGUUGCAGGAGGCCAUGGUUGUUCACUAGGAUCACCUAGAUAUAUGAGUGAAAACAGAACAUGAGAAGCUGACUUUAUACAGGCUAGGAGCAUAAUCCCCAAAUCUUUUGUGAUGCAGCACCAAUGUGCCUUUUGCACUGCAGCAUUAUAUCAAAGGCUGGUAAUGAUUAGGUCAAAAUAAUGGGCUCUGUGCAUGAUCCUUAAGUGAUAGAUGCAAGAUGGCAUCUCCUGGAUUCCAGUGCCUAGGAUGACUUGCUAAUAUCUGGUCCCAGUAGGAAGUCCACGAUAAUAGAUUCAAGACUUAGUGUGUAUUUUAUAAUACAUAAGCUCAGAAACAUUUUCUCCGCAGUCUGUUCUUUUGCAUCGGGGUGGCUAAUCUGUGGCCCUUCAGAUGUUCUGGAACUCUAGCUCCCAUCAGCUCCUACCAGCAUAUCCAGUGGUUGGGGAUGAUGGAAACUGCACUCCAAGAGCUUUUGCCUGGCUGGACCAUACUCCUGAACUCUCAUAAUGCCUCUUGCUUGCUUGGUUGGAUAGAUGGAGUAUGUCGUAACUAGCCUACCAUAAUACAAAGACAAAAUUUACAUUUACAUUUGUGGCUCCCUCACAUUUGCUUCUCAUCCCAUCCACUACUCUUGCAUGUGGCCCUUGGAAGGUUGCUCAGAAGGGAAUGUGGCCCUCAGGCUGAAAAUGGUUCCUUACACGAUUUACAGGGAGGCCCUGCCAUGGGGAGAGAGAUCCUUGUUCCUCCAAGAUAAUCUGCCAUCGUAAGCGUAACUUGUACCCAGUGCCGGAUUUAUGUAUAAGCUAAACAAGCUAUAGCUUAGGGCCCCACUCUCUUGGGGCCCCCCAAAAAAUUUAAAGGAAAAAAAACACCUGGAUGUAAAUUUCCAAAAUAUAAAAUAAAAACAAAUAAAAUAAAGCCUGCAUACAGCAACAAUGUUUUGUGUUGUGUAGGCUCCUAUGAUGUAAGUAAAGGGCCUCGCCUGCUAGCCUGCUCCCUAAAAUAUCACUGGUUUGCUCAUUUCUAUAUAUAGGGUGCCUACAUUCAGCACAAAAAACAGCGACAAUUUGUUGUUGACAAAGAACAGCUGGACAUAUAAAGGGCCCCAUUACCUUCAGUAGCUUAGGGCCUCAUCAAACCUAAAUCCAGCCCUGCUUGUACCUGAUAGAAAAAUGAUUAAUGAGACCCUUGCAAUGGAAAAUCAGUGUUACCCCACCCCCAGUGCCAUAGCUGAAAUUCAGUUACCACCAACCACACCAAAGGAUAAGGACGUGCUUUGAUUUAAAGGCAAAUGGAGGCAACCCCCUGCUCAACUUACCUUGGCUUCUUUCCUCAGGGAUGCUCUGGAUGCUCUCUACAAACACCUGGACCGUAUCCAGGCAAACAUCGUCUACAAAUUGAACUCCCUGACGCUGGAUAACAAGUGCAUGGAUGUCAGGCGGAAGCUGACGAUCCCUGCUGAAAAAUUUGUGCCUGAGGUAGACACCUUCAACCGAACCACCAAUCGCACUCUUUCACCCCUCAAAUGCCGACAGCUGGAACUGGCUUAGAAUAAUGGCAUGAGAUGUAUAAUCCCUUGAGUAAUACUGAAGAAGGAAUUGGCUUGGGAAGUGAGUGACACAGUCCCUGCCCCCCGCCCAGUGACUUGCUUCCAUGCCAAGCGCAGAUGACAUCUGUCUCAUGUUAAGAGUGACAUGACUUUCUUCUCCCUUUUGACCCAUUUCUGUUCUCAAAGGUUGUAUAAAGCUUCCCCUUGUUUACAGCUUUGGUAUUCCAAGAAAGUGUGAUAACCAAUAAAUCUGUCCCCAGCGACAGUAUUUCUGACACGUCAAAUACUUUCAUGCUUUGAUUUUUGCAUCUCUUUAAAUUUAGUG